AUGCUUCUUCUCUCGAGUCUUUUUCAUAAGAUCCGAACAUAUUCUACCAAGGUGGAGAACCCACGACUGCGGAACUAUGACACUUUCAAUCCCACCCUACGAGCCACCAUCCAACAGUUGGAUGCCAUGAGCCCUCGCUUCGAGCUCGCUAAAAAUCAACUAGAAAUACUCUACCAUCCCGCUGACUUCUACAAUCUCAUCAAGCAAAAAAUUGGAUCAGCAGAGAAUCGCAUCUUCCUGUCGUCACUUUACAUUGGAAAAACGCAGCAUGAGCUUGUCAAAUGUUUGCAGGACUCAUUGUCUCAGAAGCCUGAGCUCAAGGUCGACAUCCUCGUUGACUAUCUUCGUUCUACGCGAGAGUCUCCUAAUCCUUGUCCAGCAUCACUCUUAGCACCACUAGUGGAGAAAUUUGGCAAGGAACGAGUCAACAUUCGUUUCUAUCACACUCCGCAUCUUUCAGGCAUAAAAAAAGCUCUGCUUCCAAAAAGAAUAAACGAGGGAUGGGGAUUGCAACAUAUGAAAAUAUGUGGCUUCGACAAAGAAGUGAUACUCACAGGUGCAAAUCUCUCAGAGGACUACUUCACCAAUCGUCAGGACAGAUACUAUCUUUUUAAAAGCGCACCUUUGGCAGACUACUAUUUUGGCCUGCAAAAAGCAGUCGGCUCAAUAAGUUACCAGCUACUACCUUCCAAAACUUCUGAAAAAUAUACAUUAGAGUGGCCUUCGUCCAACUUUGCCUCGGAGCCUCAUCUUAACGUUGAACGGUUUAUCAAGGAGUCCACCAGACUCGUUCUCCCGCUUCUAAGAAGCCCCGUUACCAAACCUGAGUACCUUGCUGACCCUGAGAUUAUCGUCUACCCUGUGUCCUCGUUCAAGCCAAUCAUGAACCCUGAUAGGUCCACUGAAAAGCCUGCUAUUCUGCGCCUACUGACGCUCCUCAACGACCCUGGCGUGAAAUGGGCCUUUACUGCAGGAUAUUUCAAUGUCCACCCAGAUAUUAGUUCCAGGCUUAUUGAGUCGCAUGCAAAAGGAACUGUCAUCACCGCUGCUCCAGAGGCAAGCUCGUUCUAUAAAUCGAAAGGUAUUUCCAAAUAUCUUCCAGACGCGUAUCUCUACAAAGCACAACUUUUCUUGGAACAAGUUCGUCGCAGAGACUGUGUCAAACUGCUCGAAUGGCAGAAUGGCAUUGUGAAUACCCCCACCGGAUGGUCCUACCAUGCUAAAGGGCUCUGGCUGUCGCUCUCAGGGGAGAAUGAGCCUAGCAUAACUGUUGUCGGCUCCUCGAAUUAUACUCGAAGAGCGUAUGCUUUGGACCUCGAAACGAAUGCAGUGGUGAUCACGAAGAACAGGUCGGUGAAGGAGCAGAUGGCCAAGGAAUUGCAAAACCUGACCAGCCACACCACUCAGCUGACAGAUUUUAGCCACCGUCAGAUCAGCCCAGGCGUGAAAAUAGCAACGACGAUUCUUAGCAAAAUGCUAUGA